AUGGAGUACCUCGUGGACGUGCAGGGCUUCCAGUACCACAACUUCAUAGUCAAAGAAUUGGCCGUCGCUCCACUCAACUCGCCCGACUACCCGCUGGUCUUCCUGUUCCAACCACCGACGCCGUGGAGCGAGAUUCCCGCCAGGUACAAGGGUGUAAAUCUCUGGCUCGAACGCAACUAUCAUCGUCUGCGCUGGAGCGCCGGUGACGUACCCUACGACGAGGUCGAGAACGUGCUUCGCUCGGUUCUACGCGACGCGAGCACCGUCUACGUGAAGGGUGAGCAGAAACAACGGUGGCUCGAACAAUUCGGGUUCAACGCGCGUGACGUGGUGGACUGCCCGUCGCUCAGGACCUCGUGCAAACUCGCUGCAGCAUGCCCCCACCACGAUUCACCCCAUUGCGCACUGCGAAACGUUCUACUGUUGCGGAUCUACCUUCACGAGUCGCGACCCUCUCUGGGGAGGUCAUUGAAGCUGUGUCAUCGGGGCGAACCUCUCUCAACCGCCGACAUCGCCCAGCUGCCCAAGGAAUUCAUCGUGACCUUCGCCGCGUACAGCGUCGAUGCUGCCUGGGAAAAAUUGCCCGAGUCCCUCAAAAUGGAUCCUGAAGUUGCCGAGUGUCGACGAUGCCGAGAGCAUACAAUGGAAAAAUUGUUCGCGCCACUCAAAAGAGAAUAUUUCAAGAUCCAAAAAGGUGAUUCCCAAAUAAAACACCUGACGCGCUACACUCUAGGAAAGAGAGUCGAGGAAAAUUUAUCUAUAACGAUGAAUGAAAUCCGAGAUCAACUGAGACUCUUGAUUAAUGAAGGUGGCUUGGUUUGUACCACAGCUGACGUGUGGACAGGAGGAGCGCGCCGGUUUUUGGGAGUCACAGUCAGCUGGAUUGAACCUAAAACAUUGACAAGAAAGUCGGCAGCUAUUGCCUGCAGAAGAUUCCCCGGCACUCAUUCUUUCGACGCUAUAGCAAAUCUCCUCUCCAGUAUCUACACAUCGUUUGGAUUGACCUCAGAAUCCAUAAGAGCAACGGUUACAGAUAAUGCCAGUAAUUUCGAAAAGGCCUUCAGAAAACUGGGCAUCGAAGAGUUGGAUAAAGUUCUACCGGAAGAUGAAGUUCAAGGUGAAGUUCAAAGUAUCGAUACUGACGAUAUCAACGCUAUCGAAGAGUACUCGAAUCCAGAAGACGAAAUUGAUAUCGAAGAGGAAUUCAGCGAGGAGUGCCAAAAAAUACUACCUAGGCAUUGCAAAUGUGCUAGCCAUACCAUGAACUUGAUUGCGUCUACUGAUGUUCCAAAAGCAAUAGCUCGAAAUGAUCCAUUGAAACGAAAGCACAACUGUGUUUUGAAAAAGUGUUCAUUACUCUGGAAGUUGCUACGUUCUCCAAAAAAACGAGAAACUUUGAAAACUGAACUCGGAAUUGCAAUUCAACGGCCAGUCGUAACUCGCUGGAAUUCGAGCUACGACUGCUUCAAGCAAUUACUCGGCAUCAAGGCGAAGCUUAUUGAUAAAAAUAUGGAAGGCCUAACACAACCUUUCACGGCUGGAGAUUUCAACUACUUAGAAGAGUAUGUGCGAUGCUCAACUCCGCUUGCAAACGCUAUCGAUCUUUUGCAAGGAGACACGUGUUAUUAUGGAAUCUUAUUACCAACACUAGUAUCUAUGAGAUAUCAACUUAACGAGCUAUCGAAUAGCGAUGAUGUGACUUUCUGCAAACCGCUGAUCAAAGUCAUGAUUGAUGGUAUUAACAGGCGAUUUGAAAAAUUGUUCGACUUCACAGAGCUCAAUGUUGAUGCGGCAAUUGCUGCUAUCUCCCAUCCGCGAUUCAAAGGUCGUUGGCUAGCUCAAUUUAAUGAAGAUCAACAGAGACUGAUCCAUCGCCGGUUCGUAGAAGCUGUUUCUUUAGAAACGCUUACCGAGGCACGCAUUCCGCUCGAUGAAAAUCAAGAUGACGAGUUUCAAUUCGGGCCCUCUGCAGAAACUAUCGCCGAAUUUGAACCAUCUUUGUCUCAAGGAGAAGUGAAGGCAGAAGUGACCCGGUACUUAAAAAGCAAGGAGACCCAACUUGUUAUGUUAGAAAAGUUCCCGAAUAUUCGGAAAACUUUUCUAAAAUAUAACACCCCAUUGCCGUCUUCUGCUCCGGUGGAGAGACUAUUCAGUUACGCGACGAUGAUGAAUAUGCCGAAAUUCAACAGGAUUAGCGAAGAACAUUUUGAGCAAAGAAUCUUAGCUAAAGCUAAUCAUAAAAAAAAAUAUAUUUAAAUGGAUUCGUUUGUUACGAGAAUAUUCCUGGCUACCUAUGUAUUAAUAUAGUAAUGUGUAGAAAAUAAAUAUGAAGAUUCAAUGGGAAUAAUUUGCAUUAAAUCAAUAAAUUCAAUAGAAUUCA